AGAGGGAGAAAAUAGCUCAAGUACAAGAAACAUGAAGAAAUCAUAUUCUUCAUUCAAUAUCCCCUAAACUAAUUCUUCUUCUUCUUCUUGCUACUAAAGAAGAAAGCCUGAUCCUUUCUACUUCGAAUCAUCACUUUCCUUCCUCAACCCACUGUUCAAAGUAACUCGGCCACCCGUUUGCUCACCAAAAAUAGCACCUGAGAAACCCCAAAGCUUCCACCUUCCAAAACCCUAGCAAACCCAAUUCCUCUUCCAAUCCAAAUACAGACUUGCAGAUUUUUCCUCUACUCCAACGACAUGAGUCCAAUUCAGAACUUGGAGCAGCAUUCUCGCCAUCUUAUCGAGCCAGACAUCCCUAUACAGGCAAGACUUCAGAUGGCGAUAGAGGUUCGGGACAGUUUAGAGAUUACUCAUACAGGUGAAUACUUGCAAUUCUUAAAAUGCUACUUCAGGGCGUUUUCCGCUAUCAUGUACCAAAUAACCAAGCCACAAUUCGUGGAUAAUCCGGAACACAAACUCCGGAACAUUGUCUUGGAGAUUCUUAAUCGUCUUCCCCACAGUGAAGUUCUCCGUCCUUUCGUUCAGGAUCUAUUGAAGGUUGCAAUGCAUGUUCUUACCACGGAUAACGAGGAGAAUGGUUUGAUUUGUAUUCGUAUUAUAUUUGAUCUCCUCAGAAACUUUAGGCCUACGUUAGAAAACGAAGUUCAGCCCUUUCUUGAUUUCGUGUGCAAAAUUUACCAGAACUUCAGAUUGACGGUUAGUCAUUUCUUUGAGAGCGGUGCGGUGGCACCACCUGCUCUGACAACUGCUUCUUUGGCCAACAAUGCAUUUGGUUCAAUGGGAGGUGAAGAUAAUAAAUUGAUCGAUGUUUCGGACCCAUCAGCACUUCCCAGUAAUUUUGUUGGGGCCGGACAACUUAAUUCCAGUACAUGCUCCUUUAAGAUUGUUACGGAGACUCCUUUGGUUGUCAUGUUUAUAUUUCAGUUGUAUAGUCGACUUGUACAGACAAAUAUUCCCCACCUAUUGCCGUUAAUGGUGGUUGCUAUUUCUGUUCCUGGUCCUGAGAAGAUUCCGCCUCAUUUAAAAGGUCAUUUCAUCGAGCUCAAGGGUGCUCAGGUUAAGACAGUUUCAUUUUUAACUUACCUAUUGAAGAGCUUUGCGGACUACAUUAGACCACAUGAAGAAAGCAUUUGUAAAAGCAUUGUCAAUCUACUUGUAACCUGUUCUGACUCUGUUUCAAUCCGAAAGGAAUUACUGGUGGCUCUUAAACAUGUUCUUGGUACAGAUUUUAAGCGAGGUUUAUUUCCUCUGAUUGAUACAUUGUUGGAAGAGAGGGUUCUCGUAGGAACUGGCAGGGCAUGCUUUGAAACACUAAGGCCGUUGGCUUACAGUCUGCUUGCUGAGAUUGUUCAUCAUGUCCGAGCUGAGUUAUCUCUGAGACAGUUGUCAAGGAUAAUUUAUCUGUUCUCAAGUAACAUGCAUGAUGCAUCGUUAUCUCUCAGCAUUCAUACUACAUGUGCUCGUCUAAUGUUGAAUCUGGUUGAACCAAUUUUUGAGAAAGGUGUUGAUCAGUCUUCCAUGGAUGAAGCACGCAUACUUCUGGACCGAAUUUUGGAUGCUUUUGUUGGAAAAUUUAAUACAUUCAAGCAUACAAUUCCUCAGCUGCUGGAAGAGGGUGAAGAAGGAAAAGAGCGGUGCACCUUGAGGGCAAAACUUGAGCUUCCUAUUCAGGCAGUUUUAAAUUUGCAGGUUCCAGUGGAACACUCAAAGGAAGUCACUGACUGCAAGCAUCUGAUUAAGACUUUGGUUAUGGGUAUGAAGACUAUAAUUUGGAGCAUCACUCAUACUCAUUUACCCAGGACACAGUCUUCAAUGUCCACUGUUGGUGCUAGUGCACAAGUUCCUGCUACACCCUCAUCCAGCUCCUCAGUUCCUCAGCCAUUUAAAGGAUUGAGAGAAGAUGAGGUUUGGAAGGCAUCCGGAGUUCUGAAAAAUGGGGUGCAUUGCUUGGCAUUGUUCAAGGAUAAGGAUGAGGAGAGGGAAAUGAUCCAUUUGUUUUCCCAGAUUUUAGCAAUUAUGGAACCGAGAGAUCUUAUGGAUAUAUUCUCGCUUUGUAUGCCAGAGCUUUUUGACAGCAUGAUUACAAAUACUCAGCUAGUUCAUAUCUUCUCUACCCUUCUACAAAUGCCGAAGGUUUUUCGACCAUUUGCAGAUGUAUUAGUGAACUUUCUUGUUAACAGCAAACUGGAGAUGUUGAAGCAUCCAGAUUCUCCAGAAGCAAAACUUGUUUUGCAUCUCUUCCGAUUUUUGUUUGGUGCUGUAGCCAAAGCUCCUUCUGAAUGUGAACGCAUUUUACAGCCUCAUGUGCUUGUUAUCAUGGAAACCUGCAUGAAAAAUACUACUGAAGUUGGGAAGCCACUUGGUUAUUUGCAUCUUCUACGUACGAUGUUCCGAGCUCUUGCUGGAGGCAAAUUCGAGCUCCUGUUGAGGGAUUUGAUUCCUAUGCUGCAACCUUGUUUGAACAUGCUCCUGACUAUGCUGGAGGGGCCAACGGCAGAAGAUACAAGGGACCUUCUGCUUGAGCUUUGUUUAACACUGCCUGCCCGCUUAAGUUCAUUGUUACCCCAUAUUUCUCGUCUCAUGCGACCUUUGGUUUUAUGUCUUAAAGGGAGUGAUGAUCUAGUUAGUUUGGGCUUAAGGACACUUGAAUUCUGGAUAGACAGCUUGAAUCCUGAUUUCUUGGAACCAAGUAUGGCUAAUGUCAUGUCUGAAGUAAUAUUGGCCUUGUGGUCUCACCUACGACCUGCACCAUAUACAUGGGGUGUGAAAUCUUUGCAACUUCUUGGUAAGCUUGGUGGUCGUAAUAUCCGCUUUCUCAAAGAGCCUCUGACACUUGAAUGCAAGGAAAUCCCUGAACAUGGACUUCGAUUGAUUUUGACAUUUGAGCCUUCAACCCCAUUUUUGGUGCCUCUUGAUCGUUUUGUAAAUCUUGCUGUCAUGGCUGUCAUGCAAAAGAAUGGAGUUGUGGAUCCAUUCUACAGGAAACAAGCUUUAAAAUUUCUACGCGUUUGUUUAUCCUCUCAGCUUAAUUUGCCUGGAAUUAUUACCGAUGAAGGAACGACAGCUAAGCAACUGUCAAAUACAUUAGUUUCUCCUGCAUACCCAUCUUGGAGGAGGUCAGACUCAUCGGAUAAGGCUGACUUAGGAGUGAAGACAAAAACACAACUUAUGGCUGAAAAAUCUGUUUUCAAGAUAUUGUUGAUGACCAUUAUUGCUGCUAGUGCAGAAACUGAUCUUUGUGACCCUAAAGAUGACUUUAUUGUGAACAUUUGCCGUCACUUUGCAAUGAUAUUUCACAUGGAGAAUUUGUCAGCAAAUGCAUCAAGUACUUCACAUGGAGGCUCUAUACUCUCUUCUAAUGUCAGUUCAAGUUCUAGAUCAAGACUUAAUAGUAUUUCUGAUUUGAAAGAAUUGGAUCCCCUGAUUUUUUUGGAUGCACUGGUGGAAGUCCUAGCUGAUGAAAACAGGCUCCAUGCUAAAGCUGCCCUUAGUGCUUUGAAUGUGUUUUCUGAAACACUGAUUUUCCUAGCUCGCACGAAACAUACUGAUUCCCUCAUGCCAAGAGGAGGUCCUGGUACUCCUAUGAUUGUUUCUAGUCCUUCUAUGAGUCCAGUAUAUUCCCCACCUCCUAGUGUCCGGGUUCCUGUUUUUGAUCAGCUUCUGCCUCGUCUUCUACAUUGCUGCUAUGGGGUUACAUGGCAGGCACAAGUGGGUGGAGUCAUGGGACUUGGAGCUUUGGUUGGAAAAGUUACAGUAGAAACAAUGUGUGUAUUUCAAGUCAGGAUUGUCAGGGGUCUUGUAUAUGUCCUUAAGAGGCUUCCCAUGUAUGCUAGCAAAGAGCAGGAAGAGACUAGUCAGGUGCUUACACAGGUUCUUCGAGUGGUAAACAAUGUUGAUGAAGCAAAUAGUGAAGCCCGCAGGCAAAGUUUCCAGGGUGUGGUUGAGUAUCUGGCAUCUGAAUUGCUCAAUUCUAACUCAUCUGUUAAUGUGAGAAAGAUUGUGCAGUCUUGUUUGUCACUUUUGGCCAGUAGAACCGGCAGCGAGGUUUCUGAAUUGCUUGAAAAUUUGCAUCAACCUUACCUUCAAAAUCUUAUAACGCGUCCUCUCCGUUCCAAAACUGUUGACCAACAGGUUGGUACUGUUACUGCUCUUAAUUUCUGCCUGGCCUUGAGGCCCCCCCUUCUUAAGUUGACGCCAGAGCUUGUCAAUUUCUUGCAAGAAGCUUUACAACUUGCUGAGGCUGACGAAAGUGUAUGGGCUGUGAAAAUUGUGAAUCCUAAAGUGGCUACAUCACUAAACAAGCUGCGUACUGCUUGUAUUGAGCUGUUAUGUACAGCCAUGGCAUGGGCAGAUUUUAAAGCGCAAAAUCAUUCUGAACUGCGUGCCAAGAUUAUUUCGAUGUUCUUCAAGUCCUUGACUAGCAAAAUACCUGAAAUUGUUGCUGUUGCUAAGGAGGGGCUACGCCAGGUUAUUCUGCAGCAAAGGAUGCCAAAAGAGCUUCUUCAGAGCAGCCUAAGACCCAUAUUGGUUAACUUGGCCCAUACCAAAAAUCUUAGCAUGCCUCUUCUGCAGGGGCUUGCUCGCCUAUUGGAGCUUCUGUCUACCUGGUUUAAUGUAACCUUAGGUGGUAAAUUGUUAGAGCACCUUAAAAAAUGGUUGGAACCAGAGAAACUCGCACAGUGCCAAAAAGCAUGGAAGGCUGGUGAAGAACCAAAAAUAGCUGCUGCUAUAAUUGAGCUCUUUCACCUCCUUCCUUCUGCUGCUGGGAAGUUCCUUGAUGAGCUAGUUACUUUGACCAUUGACUUGGAAGCAGCACUUCCACCAGGACAGUUUUAUAGUGAAAUUAAUAGCCCAUAUCUCCUCCCUCUUACCAAAUUUUUGAAUCGAUAUUCAUCCGCUGCUGUUGAUUAUUUUCUUGCUCGUUUAUCUCAGCCCAAAUACUUCAGGAGAUUUAUGUAUAUAAUACGAUCAGAUGCCGGCCAACCCUUAAGAGAAGAACUUGCAAAGUCACCUGAGAAAAUUCUUAAUAGUGCAUUUAAUGAAUUUAUGCCAAAGUCUGAGAUUUCAAAUGGUCAAAGUUUAUCAUCACCAGCAGCUUUGAUUGGUGAGGAAGGCUUGGUUACUCUUACUGAAGGAUCUAAUCAGCCCUCAGCUACCAUGGUUAUAAACUCGGACGCCUAUUUUCAGGGCCUUGCUCUUGUCAAAUCUUUAGUUAAAUUGAUGCCAGGGUGGUUACAGAGUAAUCGUGUUGUGUUCGAUACACUUGUACUUCUGUGGAAGUCACCUGCCAGGAUGGCACGGUUGCAAAAGGAGCAGGAGCUAAGUUUGGUGCAAGUGAAAGAGAGCAAGUGGCUGAUCAAAUGCUUCUUGAAUUACUUAAGAUAUGACAAAAAUGAAGUCGUUGUGCUCUUUGAUAUUCUUUCGAUCUUCUUAUUCCGGACGCGCAUUGAUUUCACUUUCCUGAAAGAGUUCUAUAUUAUUGAGGUAGCUGAAGGCUAUCCUCCUGAUUUGAAGAAAACACUUCUGUUGCAUUUUCUGAACCUUUUCCAAUCAAAGCAGCUAGGCCAUGACCAUUUGGUUAUUGUCAUGCAAAUGCUCAUCCUUCCAAUGCUAGCCCAUGCCUUAAAGAAUGGACAAAGUUGGGAAGUUAUUGACACUGCUAUCGUAAAAACUAUUGUCGAUAAGCUCCUUGAUCCUCCGGAAGAGGUUUCUGCUGAUUAUGAUGAAUCCCUGAGAAUAGAACUUUUACAACUUGCCACUUUACUGCUUAAAUAUCUUCAGAAUGAUCUUGUCAAUCACAGAAAGGAGCUUAUAAAAUUUGGCUGGAAUCAUCUAAAACGAGAAGAUAGUGCCAGUAAGCAGUGGGCUUUUGUAAAUGUUUGCCACUUUUUAGAGGCUUAUCAAGCGCCUGAGAAAAUUAUACUCCAGGUAUUUGUUGCACUUCUAAGAACUUGCCAGCCAGAGAACAAAAUGUUGGUCAAGCAAGCACUUGAUAUACUUAUGCCUGCUUUACCAAGAAGACUGCCACUUGGCGAUUCCCGCAUGCCAAUAUGGAUACGCUAUACAAAAAAGAUCCUCGUUGAGGAAGGUCAUUCUAUUCCAAACCUGAUACACAUUUUUCAGCUUAUAGUUCGCCAUUCGGAGCUCUUCUACAGUUGUAGAGCUCAGUUUGUACCUCAAAUGGUGAACUCUCUCAGUCGCCUUGGAUUGCCUUUUAAUACCACUGCAGAGAACAGGAGACUUGCUAUCGAGCUUGCUGGGUUGGUCGUCGUUUGGGAAAAACAAAGGCAAAAUGAAAUGAAACUAAUCCCUGAUGAUAAUGUAUCUAGCUUAAAUCCUGAUGGACAUCAUGUCUCUACAACUGACGGAUCUUCUUUUGUUGAGGAUCCAAGCAAGCGGGUGAAGAUUGAACCUGGCCUUCAAAUUCUUGGUGUAUUGUCACCUGGUGGUGCCUCUUCACUUCCUAAUAUGGAGAACCCGGGAACCUCUGGUCAACCCGAUGAAGAAUUCAAGCCAAAUGCUGCAAUGGAGGAAAUGAUUAUCAAUUUCCUGAUAAGGGUGGCUUUGGUAAUAGAGCCCAAAGACAAUGAAGCAACUCUUAUGUAUAAGCAGGCUUUAGACCUCCUAUCACAAGCUUUGGAGGUCUGGCCAACAGCCAAUAUCAAAUUCAACUAUCUAGAAAAACUGCUGAGCAGCAUACAACCUUCACAAUCCAAGGAUCCAUCUUCAGCUCUUGCUCAAGGCCUGGAUGUUAUGAACAAUGUUCUGGAGAAGCAACCACAUCUUUUUAUUAGAAAUAAUAUCAAUCAUAUUACUCAAAUUCUUGAGCCCUGUUUCAAGUAUAAGAUGCUAGAUGCUGGAAAGUCAUUAUGCUCUUUGUUGACUAUGGUCUUUGUUGCCUUCCCUUUGGAAGCUGCAACUACUCCACCGGAUGUGAAGAUCUUGUAUCAAAAGGUUGAGGAACUUAUACAGAAAAACCUUGCUGUUACAGCUCCUUCGUCGUCUGGGGAAGAUAGCUCUGGUAUCACAAUUAGUUUUGUUCUAUAUGUCACAAGGUCCCUAGCAGAAGUGCAGAAGAACUUGAUAGAUCCCUUCCACUUGGUCCGAGUCCUCCAGCGCCUGGCACGUGAUAUGGGUUCAGCUGCUGGUUCUAAUUACAGACAGAGUCAAAGGUCAGAUCCUGAUGCCGCUGUCACUCCACGUCAAGGUGCUGAUGUGGGGCUAGUCAUUUCUAAUCUCAAGUCUGUGUUAAAGCUUAUAAGUGAUAAAGUUAUGCUUGUUCCUGAUUGCAAACGAUCUAUAAUUCAAGUCCUGAACAGUAUGUUGUCUGAAAAGAGCACUGAUGUUACUGUGCUUCUUUGCAUACUUGAUGUAAUAAAAUGUUGGAUACAAGAGGACUUCAGUAAGCCUGGGAUUCCCGUUGGAUCAAGUACCUUUCUUUCACCAAAAGAAGCAGCUUCUUUACUUCAUAAACUUUCACAAGUUGAUAGACAAAGUUUUACUCCUGGUGUGUUGGAAGAAUGGGAUGGUCAAUAUCUUGAAUUACUUUAUGGAAUGUGUGCUGAUUCAAACAAGUAUCCUUUUACCCUAAGGCAAGAAGUGUUCCAGAAAGUAGAGAGGCAAUUUUUGCUUGGAUUAAGAGCAAAAGACCCUAAUAUGAGGAUGAAAUUUUUCUCUCUUUAUCAUGAAUCACUUGGGAAGACAUUAUUCACAAGACUACAAUAUAUCAUCCAAAUCCAGGACUGGGAGGCUUUAGGUGACAUUUUUUGGCUCAAGCAGGGACUGGAUCUUCUGCUUGCUGUUCUAGUUGAGGACAAAACCAUCACACUUGCUCCAAACUCUGCUAGAGUGCGACAUCUUGUGAAUUCAAACUCCCUUCUAGAUUCGUCUGGGGUUCAACCCAUGGUUACUGAUGUGACUGAAGGUUCUGAGGAGACUCCCUUGACAUUUGAUAAUCUUGUUUCUAGGCAUGCACAGUUUCUGAAUGGAAUGAGCCAGCUUCAGGUGGCUGAUCUCAUCAUUCCAUUGAGAGAAUUAGCACACAGUGAUGCAAAUAUUGCUUAUCAUCUGUGGGUGUUGGUUUUCCCAAUUGUAUGGGUGACAUUACAGAAGGAUGAACAGGUAGCACUUGCUAAGCCUAUGAUAAACCUUUUAUCAAAAGAUUACCACAAGAGACAGCAGGGGAGCAGACCAAAUGUUAUGCAAGCACUCCUUGAAGGACUUCAGUUGAGCCACCCACAACCUAGAAUGCCUAGUGAGCUUAUCAAAUAUAUUGGGAAGACUUAUAAUGCGUGGCAUACUGCUUUGGCUCUGCUUGAAAGUCAUGUCAUGUUGUUUCUGAAUGAUACAAAAUGCUCAGAGUCUCUGGCUGAACUUUAUCGGUUGCUCAAUGAGGAAGAUAUGAGAUGUGGGCUGUGGAAGAAGCGUUCUGUUACAGCAGAAACAAGAUCUGGGCUUUCCCUUGUCCAGCAUGGCUACUGGCAGCAAGCUCAAAGUCUUUUUUACCAAGCCAUGGUCAAAGCAACCCAGGGAACCUAUAACAAUACAGUACCAAAGGCUGAGAUGUGCCUAUGGGAAGAACAAUGGCUUAAUUGUGCUACUCAGCUAAGUCAGUGGGAUGUGUUGGGUGAGUUUGGUAAGGCUGUUGACAAUUAUGAGAUAUUGUUGGACAGUCUUUGGAAGCAGCCUGAUUGGGCAUUUUUGAAGGACCAGGUGAUACCCAAGGCUCAAGUUGAAGAGACACCAAAACAUCACAUUAUUCAAGCUUAUUUUGCUCUCCACGAAAAAAAUACAAAUGGUGUUGGUGAUGCUGAGAACAUUGUAGAAAAAGGGUGUCAUCUUGCUUUGGAACAAUGGUGGCAAUUACCUGAGAUGUCUGUUCAUUCCAGGAUCCCCCUUCUACAGCAGUUCCAACAACUAGUUGAGGUCCAAGAGUCCUCCAGAAUCAUAAUAGAUAUUGCUAACGGAAACAAACAUUCUGGAAAUUCUGUUGUUGGAGGACAAGGUGGGGUAUAUGCAGAUGUCAAGGACAUUCUAGAGACUUGGAGGCUCAGAACUCCAAAUGAAUGGGACAAUUUAUCUGUUUGGUAUGAUUUACUUCAGUGGAGGAAUGAAAUGUAUAACAUAGUAAUUGAUGCAUUUAAGGAUUUUGGCACCACAAACUCACAGCUUCAUCACCUUGGUUACCGUGAUAAGGCUUGGAAUGUCAACAAGCUCGCCCACAUUGUUCGAAAGCAGGGACUCUAUGAUGUUUGUGUCACAAUUUUGGAGAAGAUGUAUGGACUCUCAACCAUGGAAGUGCAGGAAGCAUUUGUGAAAAUUAGAGAACAAGCAAAGGCAUUGCUUGAAACCAAGGGAGAGCUUUCGAAUGGCUAUGCUUUGCUUAAUAGUACAAAUCUGGAAUAUUUUCCAGUGAAACACAAAGCAGAAAUUUUCCGGCUUAAAGGAGAUUUCUUACUAAAGCUGAAGGAUUGUGAAACUGCUAACAAAGUGUAUUCACAGGCUAUCAGCCUUUUCAAGAAUUUACCAAAAGGAUGGAUUAGUUGGGGGAACUAUUGCAAUUUGGCUUACAUAGAAACGCAUGAAGAUAUUUGGUUAGAAUAUGCCGUAAGCUGUUUCCUUCAGGGUAUUAAAUUUGGUGUUUCAAAUUCAAGGAGCCAUCUGGCUCGAGUUCUGUAUCUUCUGAGCUUUGACACUCCAAAUGAACCUGUUGGUAGAGCAUUUGAUAAGUAUUUGGACCAAAUUCCUCUGUGGGUUUGGCUCUCUUGGAUCCCACAGCUGUUGCUUUCACUGCAGCGGACAGAAGCUACACACUGCAAACUGGUUUUACUGAAAGUUGCCACUAUGUAUCCCCAGGCACUGUACUACUGGCUACGCACAUAUCUGCUUGAGCGCCGAGAUGUUGCAAAUAAAACUGAAAUUGGUAGAUUGGCCAUGGCUCAGCAACGAAUGCAGCAAAAUGCAUCUGGUGCUAGUUCCAUUCAUGGCGGGCCUUCUUUAGCCUCUGACAAUCAAGGAAGUCAAUCUAGUGCUGGUGUUGGGUCUCAGGAUGGGGGAAAUUCUCAGAUGCAAGAUUCUGAAAGAUCCACUGUGGGAGAAGGAAAUAUGUAUUCUGGAAAUGACCAGACCCCCCAAUCAGCAGCCAGUGAUGGCCAGAGUGCAUUAAGACGAAACGGUGCUUUGAGUUUGGUUGCUUCUGCAGCUACUGCAUUUGAUGCUGCCAAAGAUAUAAUGGAAGCUCUUAGAGGCAAACAUAAUAACAUGGCUGCUGAACUUGAGCUUCUGCUUACGGAAAUUGGUUCAAGGUUUGUUACCUUACCGGAGGAGAGACUGUUGGCAGUUGUGAAUGCUCUUCUCCACCGGUGUUACAAGUACCCAACAGCAACUACUGCAGAAGUCCCCCAGUCCCUUAAAAAGGAGCUUUCAGGUGUUUGCAAGGCAUGCUUCUCCGCAGAUGCUGUUAACAAGCAUGUAGAGUUUGUGCGAGAAUACAAGCAAGACUUUGAACGCGAUCUUGAUCCUGAGAGCACAGCUACUUUUCCAUUCACUCUUUCAGAGUUGACUGAGCGGUUGAAGCACUGGAAAAAUGUUCUUCAGAGCAAUGUCGAGGAUCGAUUUCCACCUGUUCUGAAGCUAGAAGAGGAAAGCAAGGUGUUGCGCGAUUUUAAUGUAGUUGAUGUGGAGGUUCCUGGACAAUACUUCUCUGAUCAGGAGGUUGCACCAGACCACACAGUGAAGUUGGACAGAGUUGGAGCAGACAUUCCAAUAGUUAGAAGGCAUGGAAGCAGUUUCCGUCGCUUGACAUUGAUUGGAUCUGAUGGCUCGCAACGGCAUUUCAUUGUUCAGACAUCAUUAACUCCUAACGCCAGGAGUGAUGAGCGCAUACUACAGAUUUUCCGGGUGAUGAACAGGAUGUUUGAUAAGCAUAAGGAAUCUAGACGCCGCCACAUAUCCAUCCACACACCAAUUAUAAUCCCUGUUUGGUCCCAGGUAAGGAUGGUGGAAGAUGAUUUAAUGUACAGUACCUUCUUAGAGGUGUAUGAAAAUCAUUGUGCUAGGAAUGAUAGAGAAGCAGACCAGCCUAUUACCUACUUCAAGGAACAACUGAACCAAGCAAUUUCUGGUCAGAUAUCACCAGAAGCUGUUUUGGAUCUUCGGCUUCAAGCUUACACUGACAUAACAAAGAAUUUAGUGUCAGAGAGCAUAUUAUCCCAGUACAUGUACAAGACACUGCCAAGCGGAAACCACAUGUGGGCUUUUAAGAAGCAAUUUGCCAACCAGUUAGCUCUUUCAAGUUUCAUGUCUUUCAUGCUCCAAAUAGGGGGAAGGUCCCCAAACAAGGUAUUGUUUGCUAAGAACACAGGAAAGAUCUUCCAGACUGACUUUCACCCUGCAUACGAUGGAAAUGGAAUGAUAGAGUUCAACGAACCUGUGCCUUUUCGUUUGACCCGGAAUUUCCAGGCUUUCUUUUCCCAGAUUGGGGUAGAAGGUCUUAUUGUUUCGGCCAUGUCUGCAGCUUCUCAGGCUGUGAUUUCUCCAAAGCAAAGUCAACAUUUGUGGCAUCAUCUGGCUAUGUUCUUCCGGGACGAACUAUUGUCUUGGUCUUGGAGAAGACCCCUUGGGAUGCCUCUUGCCCCUGUUGUUGGAGGAGGGGGCGGUGGUAUGAAUCCUGCAGACUUCAAACUGAAGGUCACAACAAAUGUGGAUCAAGUCAUUGGCCGAAUCAAAGGCAUAUCCCCUCAAUAUUUCUCAGAAGAGGAAGACAAUGGAGUGGAUCAAUCGGUGCAAAAAGGGGUGAUAGAAUUGGUUGAAGCAGCUCUAACUCCUAGGAAUUUGUGCAUGAUGGAUCCCACUUGGCAUCCCUGGUUCUGAUUCUUCUUCUUCUUCUUUCUUUUUUCAAUAAUUUGAUAAGACUACUACUAAUUUCUUGUUGUAUCUCCCUCCAUAUAUAUAUAUGUAUGUAUGUAUGUAUACAAGUCCACAGGCAUGUACUAUCUCUGUAACUAUUUGAUGUUGUGUAUAUAUAGAAGAGAUAAUGAUCGAUGAUGGAAGGAAAACAUUUUUCUUGGUAACAUA